GGCCGGAGUUUACUCAUUCCUGCUCCAGUGUAACCCCGAGACUUCCCUUCCUUCCGUUGCGCCUAAGCCCAGCCCCUUCCUGGGCUUUAUUUCGGUAGCUGCGUCUCAGCCAAUAGCCGGCCCCGUCGUGGAGGCGCGCGCUGCUCAUUGGACCGCGGGGAGUGACGUUGUUUGAAAAAAAUAUUUCAACGGCGACAAGCCUGGGCUGGGGGCGUUUCGAGCGCGGGGUCGCUGUUAACAGCUGGCUGCGGAAAUUUCGCCUCUGUAGACUUGGAUCCGCAAAGCAACAAUGGCGGGGAACCCAAGGGACCGAGGAAAGCUGAAGAUGGUAAGCCUCAUGAGGCUGGAAGAAGAAUCGCAGAAUCUAUGGAGACAACUUCUUGAUAAUGUUGACAAGACAGACUUUUUGUGGAUGGAGGAGAUUCUUGAAGAGGCGCAAAAGAUGUUCAGCAGGUCAGAGCUAGAUCCCUCUUCUGAUUCUCAAGGGAACUCACCUUGUAAUUCAUAUGAGAUGACACCACAGAGCCACAAGCACCCCAAGGUUAACAUUGACGAUUAUGGGAUGGAUUUGAAUAGUGAUGACUCAACAGAUGAUGAAAGCUGGCCACGCAAGCCAAUCCCUGCAUGGGCUUCUGGAAAUCAACUGACCCAAGGUGUCAUGCACCAAUAUUACAAUCCAUCUAAUGUCAGGAGGUUAUUUGGUGUUGUGAAAAGUCCAAACCUGGAAGAAAUCUUCUAUAAGAGCAAACCACGCUAUUUUAAACGCACCAGUUCUGCAGUUUGGAACUCUCCACCAUUCCCAGGCGGCAAAUCUGUAUCAUCUAAUUUCAAGAGAUGGUGAUAUAUUUCAGAGCUGUUUGAUAUUUUAAACAUGUACAACUGGUUUCACCUUAUAAUGUUAAUAAUUUUUUUUCUAUUUGAAACUCUUAA